UCCCUCCAAUUUAGCAUUUAUAGGCAGCAUAUGAACAAUCAGUAGAUGGUUUAUAACACAGUAUAAUUCAGUUGUAAACAGAGUUAAGGGGAUUUUAAAGUGAUUAUUAAUGUAAUUGCCAACAGCUAUACCUCACCAUAUAAAGCAUCCAUAACUGGCGUGUAAACAGAUAAUGAAUGCUUGACAACAUAACAGUUGUAACCAUAUGUAACAACAUGUCUCCGUGAGUUUUGACACAUUUAUUAACAGUUUUUGAAAACACAUGUGUAUUAACAGUUGGCUUAUGCCAAAUGCUUAAUAACAGGCUGUAAGGAUUUGUAAGGAAGUGUGUAAUAAUUAUGUAACUUUACCGCUACCUUAUGGUGUUAUUCCCUAACUGUUUAUACACAGGUUAUGAAUGCUUCAUAGGAGAAACACUAAACAUUUGUUUAAACUAAACUUAAAAUGUAAUAUUUUUAAGGACAAAAUUGAAUAAAGUUAGUAUUAGAUAGUAUUCUACACCACAAUUGCAGUCUAAAGGAGGCUUUGAAACAGCAUUUACACUAAAAUGUAAGAACUUCAUUCAUGUAAAAUGUAUUUAAAACAUAAUUUGACAAUUAAAUCAAUAAAUAAUGUGAAAUUUUGUGAUUUAUUUUUAAUUCUAAGAAAUUCAAAUUCUCAUUUGUUGCCUUCUCUAAAAUGUCUUAGGUGUGUUGAGUUGCACUGAGGUAGAAUUUGUUCUCAUGACCUCAGUAUUUCUAAAAUCAUGGCUACCUGCCAUCAGGUUCUUAAACCUAAAGUGUUUAACGGUCCGACUGUAUUACUAUUGUCAAGAAUUUAACUCCCAAGAUUAAUUUACGUACUGUCCACAUACUGAGCAGAAUGUGAGAUAACUGUAAAUGUUUUACACACAAAUGUUUUUAUAGACAUUUUACACAUGUAGUGUCGGUUUCACUGUCACAUCUUGUGGUUCCAGUGGUGGACUGGAUUUCGGUCAUGGAGUCAAAUGCUAAAAACCUUGUUUGCUCAGGAUCUUUUCUGAGAACAUACGUCUUUGAAACCUGACAAUCUGCCUUGGCUUUGCUGCGAUGAAAGACCAUACAACAUGACAAAGUUUAGAUUUCUAUGGUCUUUUACAUCUUGUGAAUCAGAUGUAGAAGACAAUGUGGAAUACAUUUAAUGCUUUUUUAAUCUACUUCAGAGAAAAUCUGGAUCAUUUACAGCUCAGAAGAAUCUUCUAGAGCUUAAGUGUCUCCCAGAAAAGUGGAUCGCUUAAAAUGCUUGAAAAACAGCUUCUCAAAUACAAAGUAUCAACUGAGCUUCUUCCACACAGGAACAAAUACAACUACACCUGCAUCUGGAUCUCACCAGAAUCACACAUUCACCUGCAGGUAUGGGUCUUAUUUUUUAAGUUUUAUGUACAUAUCAGGUGAGAUUUGUUCCCACAACAUACACAUCAAUAAGCAGAAGCAGCACUAAAAGAGAGGUUAAGUAUGUUUUUCUUCAAUUUAAAAGCUGAAAUAGGUUAAAUUGACCUGCAACAUAAUAGGAGGGCUCAUUUUUACCCUCUUUAGCCAAUUUGCUUUCACAAGAUAUUUAUGUCAGAGCAGUAAACUAGCUGUUACAGUAUUUCUGUUCCAUAAAUUCUACAUUACAGUGGACUUUCUGUCAUCCAGUAUAGGCAAUGCACUUAAACAUUUUGUCCUUAAUUACAUCCAAUUAUCACUGCUAUAUGGAAUGAUUCAUCUCUGUUUGAGGUUUAUUAGUCCCACACAGCGGUGUGAAAAGCAGAGCCCGGGCUGCACUGUUUCUUGCUUUGCCCUCUGCAUGAGUAAGACUACACGCUAGGUUAAGCACUAAAUUGGGUAACUGUCCAGUGACAGCAGAUAAACACCUGCUUGUUCAGAUCAUCCUGAGCCUGAUCCUGAGUCGACAGGAACUUGUUUUAAUACAGCAAACAUUUGGACCAGUAAUCGAUCCAAGACGGGGGAUUUGGACUUAAAAUGUCAGCCCUGAAAGACAAAAGCAAAGAAUAUCUGACUGUGAAGGAUCUGCAGAAGGUUUUGGACUCAUGCAAACUACAUCUCAAUGAAAUUGAUGAGGUCUGGCCAAAAAUAUACAUAGGGAAUGUGGCAGUAGCCCAAAACAAGGCUGCCUUGAUGAAAUUAGGUAUUACUCAUGUAUUAAACGCUGCACACUCCAAGCGAGGCAGCAUAGGGAACCAAAGCUUUUAUGGCAACGGCUUUGUGUAUUGUGGCAUUCCAGCAGAUGACUCGACACACUUUGAUCUGGAUGUUUACUUCCAGUCUGCAGCUGAUUUCAUCCAUAAAGCUCUGAAGUCACCUGAUGGGAAAGUUCUGGUGCACUGCAUCAUGGGAAUGAGUCGGUCAUCGACCUUGGUGUUAGCGUACCUCAUGAUCUACCGCCACCUCCCGCUUAAACAGGCUUUGCAGAAAUUAAUCCAGAAGAGAGCCAUCUACCCCAACAAUAAUUUCCUGGCGUUGCUGUUGGAUUUGGAUCUUCAGCUGACAAGAAAAAAGAAAACAUGUCAGAUCCUGUAAUCAAGAGAAGUUUACACUUUUUAGCCACACAGCAGUGUGGUUGCUAGCGAUGGUGAUGCUGGUCUGUCUGUUGGUCCAACAGUACGGACUGAGAUAUUUCUACCCCUAAUGGGUUGUCAUGAAAUUUGGUUCAACUAAUGAAUGAAUUUCUGUCAGGCUAUACUUUAAGAUUAACACUAAUAUAUUAUGUUAGCAUCUCAAUUAAACGCUAAGAAAAAAAAGAAAAAGAAUGGGAAAGCCGCACACAACUCCACUGCAUUUAUUUAUUAACAUGCUCACAUUCUCAACAGUACAUGCCAAACAUUAGCAAAUUGCUAAUGUUAGCAUGCUGACAUGGUAUUGUAAAUGUUAGAUGCUAACAUCCAGUAGGCUAGUUGUUAACAUGCAUGGAAAGUAGAGUUGAGGCUGACAAAGUACAAGUCAAACUGAAAGAAAGUUGCACCAAAUCUUACAACGUAGAGCAGCUGAGCCUGACAAGCUGAGUCUGAGAUGUGGGAGUAACAACAUGGCCUUUCCUCUGGUGCCACCCUCAGGCCAAGCUUUACAUUUUUUGCCUCAGGAUCUAACAAUGAAUUGCAUUGCUGCCACGGCUAUAUACUGUAUUUUCUUGUUUGUUUGUUUUUUAUGUUUUUGUGUUAAAAACAAAAACUUUAUUACUUUAUUACUUUAUUAACAAAAAGACAGUUUGGUUGCAGAACAAAUUCUAACUUAAUGUAACGUGAAGUGAAACCAGAGACAAGAUGAAUGAAGGCUAAUGAUAAGGAGAUUUUCUGACUAUUUAUGUCUUUGAGUUAUGUCUCUACCUCUCAUUCUUGUAAGAUGUUUUUUCUUCAUCACCUCACUUUCUAUUUCAGCAGAAUGGACCAAAUGUCUUAUGGAAAAUGUUUUACAAAGCAUCAUUUUUUUGUAAACUCUGUGGAAGGUACUGAUGACAAGUCAACAUUCAAACUCAAAAUGGGAAUCAAUCUACAGCAUCUGUCUCUUUAACGAGACCAACUCAGCAGUGUUCACAGCAUGAAAUUCCUUUGGUGUAUUCAUCAAGCUAUUGGAGCUGAUCACCACUGCACAUCACAACAACAUUAGGAAUUUCAGACACAUACAUAUAGUAUUGUAGUAUAUAUAGUAGAGUUUGACAGCAAUGAGUCCUGAUGUUAUAAAUCAUUACCUCUUAGCCUCACAUACACACACAUGCAUGCACAUAAACACACGUUGAUAUCUUCAUCGGUAUCAACAUUAAAAUUAUUAUGAUAGAGAAACUGCAGUAUGUGAAAAACUACACUGAAUUAUAUGGCAUUGAUUUGUAUUGCUGGAGUCAGAAGUUCAGUUUCAAUGUAAGGGUUUCAUCUAUGGAUAUUUUAUUUGGGUACAAGAAAAAUGACACAAUACAUUUGGAAGUUUUUCAAAGAAUGAACUUUACAUGAUAAAAAGAAAUGUUUGCAUUGUUUGUACAUAUGUUCAUCUUUCUACACUUGUGUAAUUUUUUUUGACAUAUUAUUUUUAUGCUUAGCCAAGACUGUCCAUACUGCAGUUUUAAGUUGCCUGUUUUUUUCUGAUGGUGUGUUGAAAUCUAGUAAGAUAAACCUUAUAUAAGUUUUUGUGCUUUCAUUCACUAAAUUAUCCACAUAUAAAAUAAAAGAGCUCAGAAACUCCUGACUUUACAAAAUGUCCAGGUGUUGGUUUAAACAUAUUUCUCUGUAGAGAAGAAUCUCAGACACAAGACUGUGUCAGAUUUAAGCUCAAGUACAGCAGCACUGAUCUAAUUCUCUUGCUAUUGAAAAAGCCGUGUCCUAUCCUCUCUCCUGUGCUGGUAGCUCGGAUAACCUUUAAGGAAUGCAGAAGAUGAUGCCAGAAUUAUUUUGGGCUGAGAUUCAGAUGUUAAAAUAGCAAAAAAGGUUGCAGGGUAGAUUACCAAGGAGAACACAGACAGUUGUGCUGUCGACCUACAUGUAGCUGUUGUACAGAGAGUCCUUGAAAAGCAACAUUUCCAGCCAAGGCAAGUGUCUACUAACAAUGUGUUCUCACGAAUUUGUUGCAGAUAGAAGUACAUGUUGGAAAAUAUUUAUUAGUAUGCGCAGUGCAAACUAAUACAACUACAGAGUAUGGAUUUAUUGUACUGUAUACCUUUGUUUGCAAGGUCAACAUGUUUAUAAAGCACUUUAAUAAAUGAGUAUGUACUGUGA